UUAGGGAGUAGGUGCGACGUACGCAGAGCUCGCGCACAACCGUCGAAAUCAGUCUCGGUAUUUGUGUUUUAUUUCAGGGGAUUCGUAAAAUGUAUCAGGCGUAAAAAAAAACCCUAGUUAUGUCGACAAAAGACACAUUAAGUCAUUAAGAUGCAUUAAGAUGGACACCGAUCGGUGGAGAGCGUGUCUCAAGUGGGAUAACGUAGAAAUCGGGAAAGCAAAACCAAUCCUAUUUGUGGAAACGGAUUAAUUCCCUGGGAUUACCGGAAAGAUAAACAGGAACACAGUGUUGACAUAUAUAUUCAAACGAGAGAAUACGGUUUGAAACCAGGAGUGACACGAUAUGACUAAAUACACGCUUAUGGUAAUGAAAUAAUUCGCAGGAAGUGGGUAUAUUCCAUAAUCUCCUCACCAUCCUCCAUGGCGCUUAGCCAAUCAGAUCUCACAGAACUGGUGAAAAGGCUAAAAGACCAGAGGCUAUAGAUCAGUUAGAAACCUCGGUUUAUUUUGCGAUGUCAGCUUUCGGAUUCAAUCUACACUCUGUUUCGUCCAUUGCGGCCGAGAUUUCAGCACCAGCUGAGUUAGACAGCGCCUGCGCAGACUGCGACUCGCAAACUCCUCCAGCCUCACGAGGAGACUUCACUCAUCCGCCUCCGUUCAUUCAUCUACAUCCGUCACCCAUUCACAUCGGCCCGGGAGGCCUCGGCACGGUUCUGGAGGAAGAACUGGCCAUGCUUACACGGGAACGGGAAGAAGAAUUGAUCAUAAACGAGCAGGACGCAGAUCUUUUAGCGCUUUUCCGGCAAAAAGAAAAGGAUUUGGUUCUGGCUGCAAAACUCGGGAAAGCGCUGCUCGAGAGAAACCAGGACCUCACAAAGCAAUAUGAAAAAAUGACCAAGGAUCUGAACGAGAAGCUAGAGAAUCUGGAGCAGGAGAAGCAUGAGUUGCAGCAACGCUUGGAGAGACGAGAAGGCGAGUGGGAAGGUCGAGUGGCUGAGCUGGAGACUGAUGUGCAGCAGCUCAAGGGUGAACUGGAUAAGCAUAAGUUACAGAUGCGUGAGACUGAUCGGGACAAGACCCAUGCCAUCACAGAGCUCUCAGAACAAAACUACAGUCUGCUCGAGCAGCUCAGCAGAGCGGCUGAUGUGGAGAGACAACUGUGUACGCAGGUCCAUUUAUUGCAGAAUGAUUUCAAAGAAAAGAACCUUUCCAAAAACCAGCACAUGACACAAUUGGAGAGCCUGCAAGCAGAGCAAGGGCUAGAAAUAAAGAUGCUGUCUGAGCGUAAGCAGGAACUUGAGCGAUGUUUAAACACAUUGCAUGAGGAGAAUGAGCAGCUGCAGAGCACUGUGGACAACUUGAAAGACCGAACACUUGUGUUGGAGAAGCUAUGCCAGGAGAAGGACUUACAGCUGCAGCAGAGUCGUUUAGAGCUACAGGAGGUGCGUGUGUCUCAUCGGCAGUUAAGUGCCCGUUUGGCAGAGAUGACUGAGGAGAAAAGUCUCCAGGGCUUCAGCUCUAACACUCACUCGCUGCUGUGUGAGAUAGAGCAGAGCAUGGAGCAGGAGGAGCUCAAGCAGGAGAAGGAUCAGUUGCGUCUGCAGCUAUGGGAAGUUUAUUGCCAGAUUCGAUCUAUCUGCUCCCAGCUGAGAGGAAAUGAUAUCACAGACUCUGCCCUGUCCACAGAUUCAUCUAUGGAUGAAUCAUCAGAAACAUUAUCAACUAAAGAUGUGCCUAUGGGCAGCCUACAGUCAAGUCUGAGUGAGCUGCGCAGACUUGCACAAAACCUGCUGGAUGGCAACGAGUCAACAGGAUCACGUCGCAGCGAUGAGGAUGUUUUGGAAGAGCAUAUGCGUAAACUGGGUGAGGAACUGCGAGAAAUACAAGACCUUUACGAACAGGAGCAAGAAAGGGUACGCAGCACUCAGGAAGACAUGUUGCAACUCCAUAAUCAGAUUGCACUACUCUCCCUAGAAGUGUGCUCAUCACGGGAGGAGAAUGAGAAACUAAAGGCAUCAGGGAUUCGAGAGCCAAGUGAACAACUACAAAAUGCAAUCCGAGACCGAGAUGAUGCCAUCACGAAAAAGAAAGCAGUGGAAAUGGAGCUGGCGAAGUGUAAGGUAGACAUUAUGUCUCUGAACAGUCAACUUGUUGAUGCUAUCCAGCAGAAGUUUAAUCUUUCCCAGCAGUUAGAAGCCUGGCAGUUUGCCUCCUCAGGGCUGUUCACUGUAUGGCUCUUGUGGUUUCUGAUCUAGUGGCCUUUCUCAGCUUCCAAAUAAACUCUCUCUCCCUCUGUGAUAGUCCCUACCUGCCUUAGAGGAUGAUAUGCUCAGAGCGAUAGAUCAGCAGUUGAUGGAUAAAGGGGAAUGGAGGUACUCUCCAAAUUCAUUCUUCGAGACUAAGGCUGGUAGUUAUGGCUCCACCAGAGCCUCUUCCAGGCGGGCGCCUCUUUGAUGGUGACAAGCACUUCUUCUCAUUUUUUAAGAAAAACUGAAUCUGUCUAGAUGAAAAGAGAAAGAUGAAGAGAUAUGCUAAAAGUGUAAAUAAAAAAAGUCAUACCACGAUCAACACAGCCAAAGAUGAAGAUUUAAAAUCAGUAAUGAACAAUAUUUUGUUCUGUAAUCCUGUAUCUAUUUUUGCACUUUACCUGUUCUUAGCACUCCUCUCCUUCAAAUACUCCUAGAUGAUGCACAUAAGUCAGUAGAAAAACCUGCAUAGAGAAAGUCCUUUUUUCUCUUUUACAGCUUCAGAGUGAUAUUUGCAGGUUUACUACAUUUAAACAAUAUUUAGGCCAACUUCCCCUUCUUAAAUAUUCUUACCGUAUUGCCAAAGUGUUUCAAUAGGAAUGUCAGAUUUAGCUCCAUCAAACUGAAGGACUCUUUUGGUCUUUAACUCAGGAUAAGCUAAACUCUGUAAGCUUCUUAUUUAUUCAAAGUCAGGCUGCAGGUUGUAGUUUGUGAAUCACUGAUGCACUUGUAAAGAUACUUUAGAGGCUGUUGAAUCAAUAUAACUUGAUUCAAAAAUUGAUAAAAAGCUAUUGCUUGGAUGAAAAGAAAAAAUGUUAUUAACAAGUACCAUUAACAAGAGCCAUUAUAGGUUAGGGUUAAUGGGCUUGCAAUGUAUAGUGGAAGUUACACAAAUUUAGGGUGUUGAAUCCAGGGCCUGAGAACAGCCAUGUGGAGGGAAGGAGAGGAGGUUUUUUUUUUGGUGAAUGUGCCAUAUGGGUCCCAUCUUGAGUAAAGCUAUGCAGAUGUCUUUUCUCUUUCACUUAAGAACAGAAACAACUGAAGGUUUGGAAGAACCCAAAGUAUUACUUUUUAUACUAAUAGGUUUGAAAUAUAAGGAAAAAUAUAGAAUUCAUAUAUUUGUAAAAGUAUAAUUUUGAAUGAUAAAUUUUCUAGAGCAAUCUGUUUUUAUUUGACUAUGAGCGUGUUUGUGAGCUGUUGUUUGUAAGCAAAUGCCCAGAUAAGAAUUUCAAUGUCAUAGAACAGAGUCUCUGCUU